CAUACAUUACAUAUUCUGAACCGGGCAGUGUUCUCAGAGUGUUGCCGAUCUAUUACACCGGAAAAGAAAAGGAAACGCUUCAGACUCCGGUCAGAAUCAUCAGCGAUGAAAGCGAGCCCUCGUUCUCUCACUCUCCUAUCAUUUCUCCUUCUCCUUCUUCUGCGUCUAUCAAUUCACACCAGAGCCGAAGUCAUAACCCUAACUGUCGACACCUUCUCCGACAAGGUGAAGGAGAAAGACACGGCGUGGUUUGUGAAAUUCUGUGUUCCGUGGUGUAAGCAUUGUAAGAACUUGGGGACAUUGUGGGAGGACCUUGGGAGGGUAAUGGAGGGAGAGGAUGAGAUAGAAAUUGGAGAGGUCGAUUGUGCUGUGAGUAAACCAGUGUGUACCAAAGUUGAUAUCCAUUCGUAUCCUAAGUUUAAGGUCUUUUAUGAUGGAGAAGAAGUUGCUAAAUAUCAAGGACCAAGGGACGUCGAAUCACUUAAAAAUUUUGUUUUAGAAGAAGCUGAAAAAGCAGCAGCAAAAGCACAUCUUGGCAUUGAUAAAGAAUUGUAAUGACGUGUAAGUUGUGGAACUUCCUAGUUGAACAAGGAGCGCUAUAGCUCUUUACACAGCACAUUUAUGGACGCCCCAACUCAGAGAUCAUCUUCUUGUGGGUUUUAACAGUUAUUAUAGAAAAUGAACUCCACUUUUGUUCUUGUGAUCAGAAUUUGUUUAAUCACGAAGAGACCAACCUAGAAUUAAUAUUUGAGACGAAGAGAAUUAGUUUGUGUUAAUGAACUUUGAAUCUCAUGAAAUCAUGUUUAUGAGAAAUUUUUGUUUUGUUUA